CUCUAACGUCUGGAACGAGAUGCUCGAAUGCUUUCCAGAGGGCUCGCAUCCGUCAGCAUGGGUGCGGCCAACAGGCCCCUUUGAGUUUGGUUUACGUAGAAUAUUGCCCCAGCAAUCGCGCCCAAUUCCCCAACGAUUGCUAGCUUGGCCUCCUGCAGUAUUUGUGGUGUCCUUUCCUUUCUCUUUCUUCUUACCAGCGAGCCUCCUUCAUUUUUAAUUCCCCGCAUCCUUCCAUCUUUGAGAAAAAUCGAUUCCUUUCCCUGGAUUCCAAGCCCUCGUGUUCGUCGACAUCAUGGAGGAUCUCAAAGCUGCAGAUACCGUGGUUCACUCUCGCGACAGCGCCAGCGCUGAGUCGCAGGAGGAUCCAGUCUUCCAAGAGAAGAAGGGAUCUCCAGAUGACCAGAAGGAUAUGCAGAGAAUGGGAAAGACUCAAGAGUUGAGAAGGAAUUUCCGAUUUGUUUCCAUCUUUGGUUACUCAAUGAUCUUGAUGGCAACCUGGGAAACGGUCCUGACGACUCUCGGUUUACCAUUGCUCAAUGGUGGCACUGGCGGCGCGAUCUUUGUUUUCAUCGGCACGGCUAUUGGGAUGGGCUUCGUUAUUGUCUCUAUGGCCGAAAUGGCUUCGAUGGCUCCGACAUCGGGUGGUCAAUACCAUUGGGUGAGCGAAUUUGCCCCCAGAGAACACCAGAAAUUUCUCAGCUAUAUCGUCGGAUGGCUUUGCGUGCUCGGUUGGCAGACCGGUAUUCCUUCGAUCGCCUUCCUCGCAGGCACGCAGAUACAGGGGCUUAUUAUCCUAAAUAACGAAACGUAUGCACCUGAGAGGUGGCACGGCACACUCCUGAUCAUUGCCGUCGCUUCCUUCUCCAUCGUCUUCAAUACCCUGCUUGCGAGGAAGCUGCCCCUGGUUGAAGGUACUGUCCUUAUCCUCCACAUCUUUGGCUUCUUCGCGAUCUUCAUCACUCUCUGGGUUCUCGCACCACGAAGCAAGCCCAGCGAUGUCUUUGGUCAGUUCCAAGACAACGCUGGCUGGGGCAAUGUUGGUCUGUCAUGUCUCGUAGGACAGCUGGCUCCUAUUUUCUCCCUCCUUGGUUCAGAUGCGGCGACGCACAUGUCAGAGGAGCUCCGCGAUGCUUCCUACACCCUCCCUCGCGCUAUGUUGUGGACGGCCAUUUCCAACAGCAUACUCGGCCUUGUCAUGCUCAUCACUUUCUGCUUUUGUCUGGGUGAUGUUGAAAGCGUGAUCUCGACGCCAACUAUGUUCCCCCACAUCCAAGUCAUUUACAAUGCGACCAACUCGCUCGCUGGCACCACGGUCCUCGCUUCCAUCACAGUCAUCUUGGCCGUCUUCGGCUGCGUGAACAACGUUGCGACAUCCUCCCGUCAGCUUUUCGCCUUUGCCCGCGACAACGGCAUGCCGUUCGGAGCCUUCCUCUCGCGUGUCCAUCCAGGAUGGGACAUCCCUCUAAAUUCUGUUCUCGUCUCCUUCACCGUCGCAAUCCUCCUCUCGCUCAUUAACAUCGGUAGCACUGUUGCUUUCAACUCAAUCGCUUCUCUCGGAACCUGCGCUCUCCUGUCUUCGUAUAUCAUCUCUAUUUCCUGUAUCUGGCUCAAGCGCUGGAGAGGCGAGGCUCUUCUUCCAUCCCGAUUCACCCUCGGCAAGUUUGGCAUCUGGAUCAACGGCGCAUCAGUUGUCUAUCUCUGUAUCGCCCUGAUCUUUUCAUUCUUCCCCAGCUUCCCGCACCCAACUCCUGAUCUCAUGAAUUGGAACAUUCUCAUUUAUGGUUGUACCAUUAUCUUCUCUCUCGUUUACUUUAUGGUCAAGGGUAGGCAUAUGUAUGUCGGACCGGUGGAAUAUAUCAACAAGGAUCUGUAGAUAGUUGCAGAAGAAUUCGCAAAUAGCGCUGAAGUGGCGGGAGAACUGCAAUGAUGGCG